CUGUGGGCGUUGGUUGCUGAAUAAGUUUCUAUUUUCCGUAAAGACAACUCCAGAGAGAGUGAAAGUGAAACAGACUCCAUGUAGUGGUCGUUGGUCCCAGAUGAAGGUUGUGUCAGUGCUGUGUCGCUUCAUACAGUUUGUGAUGGGCUUCCUUGCCCUUCUGUCUCCAGUGUUAGAGAGGUUAUGGCGCAUAGCAGGUAUCAUAUGGCGCUUUACUGUAAAAAGGGUCUGCCUAAUAGCCAGAGCUGUAUCAAGAGCGAUAGGCUGGCCAAAGGAAACCGAGACAAGAGGCCCGUUUGAGCCCGGACCGGUUGAAAUAAGCGACGACGAGGACGAACUUCCGGCGAAAUGUUCCCCCAAAUCGUGGAUCGAAGGCUCCGACUUUGAGGGUCAACGUGAGGCAGCGGUUGGGGAGAGGGCCGCCGCCUCCAACAGAGAGCUGCCAGUGUCAGGGGAGUGUGAAGAUGAAGAGGAGUUUGACAACGAGCAGUAUCGGGUUAACAACACAGAUGAGUUGUACUGUGACUAUGAUUCAACCUGGGAGACAGAGGAGACUGAGGAGGUUCGGCAAAGAACAAGGUCCAGGAGAUCAGCAAGGUCCAGAUACUACAAGUUCAGCAAAUUUGAAACUGCCGCAAUAGACAUGCAGAACUACAGGCAUGACUACCCUUCCCAGAACAUGCAGUAUGGCUGGAAAAUGCAAAGAUCUGAUGACAAGCCUAACUUGAACUUCUACCUCGGAGAGAAGCCCUCUGAACCAGACGGUAUCUACAUAGAUGCUUUCCACAAUGAGUGGUCUAAAGACUAUGCUUCGCUGGAGUAUGUACACACCUACAUUCAGUGGUUGUUCCCACUCCAAGAACCAGGGGUGAACUAUGAGGCCACACCAUUGACAAAAGAAGAAAUUAAGGGUUUUCUUCAAAGCCCGACUGCACAGGAAAAUCUGUUGAAGUCGUACAAGCUCAUGUUGGGCUUCUAUGGUAUCGAGUUGUGUAAUGAGGUAACAGGAGAAGUCCGGAGAGCACCAAACUGGAAAGAAAGAUACAACAACCUUAAUAACCACACACAUAACAGCCUGCGCAUCACCCGCAUCCUGAAGUGCCAUGGAAAUCUGGGGUUCCCCCACUACCAAGCCCCCCUGGUCCGCUUCUUCCUGGAGGAGACUCUCGUCCACGGACUACUCCCAAAUAUAAAGGACAGUGUUCUCAACUACUUUUUGUUUGCUGUCCUUGAUAAGAAGCAGCGCAGACAUCUCAUCAAGUUUGCCUAUUUGAACUAUGACCGUAAAGAUGAGUUUGUAUGGUGCCCAAGGAAAAUUCAGACGAUUUGGUCUAGGCUUAGCCAAGAAUCAAGAUUCUGAGGCUGAACAGUGGUGAUUAAGCCAAAGAGGUGGUACAUGAAGCAGCCAAAAGCAGAAUGUGCCCCAAAUCCAUUCUACAUACUCAUUCUAUACACUUUACACUAACCAUCAUAGAUUCAAAAAGAAGAAAUGAUUUAAUAUGUGAGACGGUGGACUGUCACUGCCAAUUAAACUUGACAUCAAAGUCAUAAUUUUUUCUAAAAUGUUAUACCUUUCUGAGAUUUGUUGGAGCUAUUUCACCACCACCCACAAUGUACUUACAUUUUUAGCAGCAGUGAGUAGCUCCUCCAAUUCUUUUGUGCGUUGCAUUGAGAAGGACUAAUGUGCAUCAACAGCACACUCAAAGAUGAGCCACAUUUAGUAUGCAUACUGUGUGCUUUGGGUAUACUUCAUUUUGUUACUUUUCUAGUGUGAAUACACUCCAUUCUAAAAGCCUGCUUAGAAUCAAUAUGUAGUCUGGAUUCAAGACAUGGCGUGUCUGAUAUCUGGUAGUAGACCCUGAAAACCUGAUGUGUCUGCCGCCAUAGACUAAGUUAUAUUAGAUUUGCCUUCAGCAGCAGUUAGCAGAGGAGGUUAUCACAAAGCACAAAUAACUGUAAUAUAGGGCUAAUUUACAUCUGCUAAUGUAAUGCAGAUAAAAUAUACAGCCCUGAAGAGAAUGUCACACAGGGUCAAAGACAGAAGACGGGGGCGGCAAUGAUAAAUUAUCUAGUGACGAAGAGGCAUAUUCUUCACAUACUGCACAUGAUUUUCACAGGGAACUUUCCUCAAUAGUUCAUUAACAUUUAUUGGGCUUUAUACACUGAAUCAAAAAGUAUUGUUAUUCAUGCAAAUGCGUUUGUGGCUUUUAGUAUACAGUUUUAUUCCUGGACUUUAUAUUCUUGUUUUAUUCUUUAACUUUCACAAACACAUGGAUGAAAAUGUUUUAUACAGAAAAGGUUAUGGUGUUGACUGGUGUUGAAAAAUGAAGCACUGUAAUUGUUUAACAGUUUGGACUGUGACCUUACUUGUGUUUUCUUGUUUGUAUCUGGUUGUUUUACAGAGAAAUAAUAAAAUGUACCUAAAUGCCUUACAUGAU